CUGGGACCUCGUUUCGGCACCCUCUGGCCCAUCUCCUCGCCGCGUUCGUGCGCCUCUCUCGGCUCAAGCCACUCGUCACGGGUAAUGUGGCAGACGCUGUAACACAGAUCUUCGUCAACACACAACACAUUUCGAUCUCCCACGGAUGAACACCUCUUUAACCGCCUCUGCGCGAGACGCUUCGCAUGACUGGACCUACGCGCUGCUGAGCAUCUUCGCCCUGGUUUUUGCUCUGAGCAAGGUCUACACGCAGGACUACCAGGAGGAAGUCUGGAUCGUCGCGCUGCCCAUGCUGGCGUACCUGAUCGGUCAUAGCAGCGCCAAGGCUGGCAAGGAGCGCCUCGCGGCGGAGCUCGCCAGCCAGAUCCGGGCGAGCACCAAGCCCGAGCUCACGCUCAGGCUCUUCUGCGACAUGGUGGAGCAAGGCGUCGAGCCCGACCAGGUGGCCUUCGACCGGGCCGCGCGCGCCCACGCCCUGCUCGGCGAGGUCGACCAGGCCCUGCAGGUGCGCGAGGACGCGGCUCGGCAGGGGCUGGUCCUCGCGGGCUGGACGCACCGCGCCAUGAUCAGGGCGUGCACUACCGCGGGCAGGAGCGCGGACGCACUGGAUUUGUUUGAGUCGAUGCAGGCGGAGCUCAUGGACCAUGACAUGAGCGCCUACUACGACGCGAUUCGUUGCUACGUCAAGGUCGAGCGGCUGGAAGCGGCCGUCGCGUUGUACAAGGAGCUGGCUGAAGCGAGCAUGCCCGCCUGCCGCGCGACGUACGCGGUCCUGAGGGAUGCCUGUCGGAAGCGGGGUUGGGCUGAGAUGGCCUCGAGGAUCUCUAGAGAUAUUCGCAGAUGGUAGACAUCCGAGAUAUAUAUAUUAUAUAUUGGCGCCUUCAAUAGCACUGCAGAGUUUGCCGCGAUUGCGUAGCAUUGUGCGCCGCUGAGCCUCGUGUGCAUUUGUCCGAGAACAUGUAGGUGCGCGGCCGGCGCGACUGUGCAUGCUGUCCUAGCGCUGUCCGAGCGGGAUCCCCUUCCCACGGCGAUCGCCGAAGGGACGCGUGAAUUUUGACCCUCCUCGUCCUUGACCUCCUUAUUCUUAUCUUCCUCGUACACCCCUGCCCCUCCUGUUUUUUCUUCUCAUUCCCCGCCGUAUGUGGCGCCGACGACGUGUGCGAUCAUGCCGUGCCGACGACGGCCUUGGCCCUGGAUGGGGUGCGCACACCAUUUGCAGGGCAUGGACCUUGAUAGGUGGCCGUGCCCGUCAGAAAAUGGGCACUGACACGUCGACGCGAGGACGACGACCACAUUAGCCGCAGCAGUGGCCGCAGCAGUUGCCGCAGCAGUGGCCGUGGCAGCGACCAUCAGCGACGGGCGGCGGCAGAGCAGGCCCACCGCGGCACACUCAGCGGGUAGGCCUCGCAUCGUCCUUGCCCUUGUCGCUGGUCUGGCCGUUGGAGGGGCAGUGCGGUAAGGUGGAACCUCGGGCCGCCUAUGCACCAGGGCCUGCAGUCGAAGAAGACAAUGGCACAGCCAUGCACUUUCGGAGCUCCGCGCAGAUCUCUUGGCUCGGCGCUGGCCUCCCCUGGCGGCGCUUCCGGCGCCGCUCCAAGAAGUCCGCGCUGGGUUCGAAAGUUUAUGUCGGCGGCGAGCCCUCGCGCGUUCCGAGAAGUUUUCUGUGUCUCCGGGGAAGGCUCAGGACGCCUCUCAGAAGGCAUGCCCGGCUUCCGAGCCUUCUGAGACGGCCCGCCCCUUGUCUCAUUCUCCGCCUUGGGCUCGCCGCCGACUGUGCUGAUGCCGUUCUCCCCUCCUGUAAUCAGGGCCUGCAGACCUAGGACCAGCGGAUUGAGCAGCCUCGCGAGCGUGCCCCGCUGGUUCCUCCCCCCUGCGGGCGGGCGGCGCGCCGCUCCGGGCGGGAUGCUCUGCGGGUGCAGCCGCUCGGCACAGCCGCGAACGCGCGCGCCUCUUGGACGCCCCCCUCCUGGCCGCCCCCGACUGUCACAGGACGGACUUCUGGCCAUACUGUGUUGAAGAGGAUCCAGAAAGAAGUAACCAGCAGCAGCAUCUCGAUCCUCGAGCCUUCCCCCUGCCCCCCCCCC